AUGGGGACUUUCGACUUGUGGACGGAUUACCUGGGCUUGGCGCGCCUGGUGGGGGCUCUCCGUGUGGAAGAAGAUCCCCAAGCCAAGCCGGAGCCCCAGCCCCAGCCCACAGCGGCCGAGGCGGAGGAUCCGAAGCCGCCCGGCCCUGAGCGCCUAUGUUCCUUCUGCAAGCACAAUGGGGAGUCGCGGGCCAUCUACCAGUCCCACGCGCUGAAAGAUGAAGCCGGCCGGGUGCUGUGUCCUAUCCUGCGAGACUACGUGUGCCCGCAGUGCGGCGCCACGCGGGAGCAUGCCCACACCCGGCGCUUCUGCCCGCUCACUGGCCAGGGCUACACCUCCGUGUACAGCUGCACCACACGCAACUCCGCGGGCAGGAAGCUAUUCCGGCCCGACAAGGUGAAGGCCCAGGACUCGGGUGGUGGCCAGCACCAGCACCAGCGGCGAGGAGGCUCCAGAGGUGCGGGCAAGUCGGGCCCUUCGCCGCCAGCCUCCGCCUCUGCCUAGCGGGCCGGCGCCCGAGGAG